UAUGGCAUCAUAUACGCUCCCUAAUGCCGAUGCGAGACGCUGCCAAGGCUGCCUGUGUGUCUCGCGCCUUCCUUCACUCCUGGAGAUGCCAUCCCAAUCUCAACUUCGACAUGAGAACAAUGUGCUCAAACAAAAUUUUACUUAGGUUGGCACGGGCCUAUAAUGAUAAUAAAAGAGAUAGGACAGAGUAUAACAACAAUAUUGGCAAAGUUCUGUCAAACCACAGACGCGCUGGUGUGAAGACACUCAAGCUUCACUUCCACGGCCCUUUCAAUACCAAAUCUUAUAAUCGUCUCAGUAGUUGGCUUCAAAUUGCUAUUACACCAGUCCUGGAAGAACUUGCCCUUAAUCUGGUGUUAGAGAAUUCAAAGUAUGACUUCCCUUGCUCACUUUUAUCUGACGGGAGUGGAAACACGAUUCGGCAUCUGCACCUUGGUAAUUGUGUCUUACGUCCCAUAGUUAACCUUAGUUUGAGAUGCCUGACGGAGCUGCAUCUGCGUAGUGUGCGUGUAACCAGGGAUGAGUUAUGGCGCCUUCUUUCCAAUUCAUUUGCCCUGGAAAUUUUGAUACUCAAAGAAUGUCAAGAUAUAAUUUGCCUCCAGAUACCUUGCCAUAUGCAGCGGUUGAGCUACCUGGAGGUGUCUGAAUGCUGUAGACUUAAACUUAUAGAGAAUAAAGCUCCAAAUAUCUCCAGCUUUGAUUUUAAGGGUGGUGAAAUACAACUCUCGCUUGGAGAGGCGUUGCAAGUGAAGAAGCUCAAGUUGAACCAUUGGUGUGCUAUCAGUUAUGCUAUCGACGAGCUUGCAUCCAGUGUGCCAAAUCUUGAGGCUCUCACUUAUGGUCUUCUCGUGAGGAGAUUGUCAAUGCACCGAUGGUACCAAGCAAAUUCCUCCACCUCAAGGUCUUGAGUAUUUCUGUUCAAAGUUGGAUCCACAUGUGGGAAUAUGAUUUUUUAUCUUUGGUUUCUUUCCUUGAUGCUUCUCCUUCCUUGGAGACUUUUGACUUGUCUGUAAGUCGAUGUUUAUCCUGCUAGGGUUAUUUAAUAACCGUCGUGGAAUCAUUUACUCAAAUAGCUUAGCCCUUUAUCUUCAGGUACCAGUCCAUCAAGGUAUGACUGGAUUAUUGGAGACCCCUCAACUCUGAGGAAAAUGCCGGAACGCCACCAUGACAAGCUUAUGACUGUGAGGAUCACGGGUUUUUGCUGCCAAAAGAGCCUGGUUGAGCUGACACGCCAUAUUCUAGAGAGUGCACGGUCACUGAAGCGCCUUACAUUAACCACUAUUGAUGAGGAUUACCUGCUCUAUGGCGGCCACAACCGUUUCAGGAAAUGCCCUGCCCUGGACAAGGAGUUUAUCAGGGAGGCGCGCAAGUCUAACAUGGCUGUGAAGACGUACAUUGAGGGGAAAGUUCCCUCUACAGUUCAGUUAGAGGUUUUUAAGCCUUGCAGCCAGUGUCAUGCUUUGUGAAAUUUAGAGGUCGAAGUAUUGUAGUUCCUGACCCCAAUGUUCAUUUGUGUAGUUCUAGUUGUGAUGCCCUUUUGCUUCUUACAUACGCAAGUUACCAGAGCUGUCCAAUGUUUGGUGGUCUGUGAUAGUACAUUCUUAGUAUGUAUUAGUAGCUACAUUGUCCAAUGUACGCAUUUUUUAUGGAGGCACUGCCAUUGAUCAUUGAUGUGAACUUUUCUGAAAAUACUCCUAGUGAAAUUUGUAUGAGAUAAUUUAAACUAAAACUUACUGAUGGAAGGCUGGCAA